AUGUCCCAAAUCUAUCGAAGAAGCCUCUUUUACAACUUGCAAACAGACACCCAACACAAACAGAGCUCUAAGCUUUUGGAUUUGGAAGCUUCUCCAGACCCAGCUCCUUAUACGCCACCUCUCUCAAGGCCAAUUUCAAACUCCAUCAAUGGAGACGGUGAUGAACGGAAUGAGCUUUCGGAGCUCUUUGAAGACAUCGAACAACUUGUUGCUCCGCCACAUGUGCUUGUCAAGGAAAACCUUUUGCAGCCAGCGCCGCCACUUCACGCUAUAUACAACCCCUCGCUUGUCACGCCUGGAGCACCCUCUCACCCAAGCGCACGUCAUCGAAUUGCCAAGAUGCCCUAUCACUUAUCAACCAAUCAUCACUCAGCAGUCAUCUCCUUAUUGAAACGUUCCAGAUCACCUGAUUCCCUUUUUGAUAACAUACAUCUGGAGCCAAUCGUCCCUCAAAAGCGUCCUAACUCAUCGCAUAACCACGACGAAGGAAUCCGUAAGCGUUCUUGUCUACCAUUGUCCUAUACGAAUACGCAACAACUGCUCUCAGGUCGGUUUCCAAUCACACCGGAGGAUUUGGCCGCCCCAACUGUCCCGCAAAAACGCUCUCACGUAUCACAGUAUGAAGAAAUGUACCUUAAGCGAGCUUGUGCAGCGUCAGACUACCCCAGCGACCAACAGGCGCCAAAGCUUCGCCCUACAAAGUUGGCGGAUCAGUCUGGUAUGGGCUCGAGUUAUACCUUCACAUUUUGUUCGCCAUGGCCACAGGGAAUUCUUCAACCCCUGGAGGCCGACAUGGGACUAAGCGGACAAAUCGAACAACCAUGCAACAGUUAUCAGACUCUUAGUCCAACUAACAAUACCGACUCAAAAUUUCCCAAUCCACCCUACGUUGACAAUCAGAAUCUCACUAGAAGUCCAAAUCAACCCGGCUCACCGUCACAGGAUGCCAGGUUCAAUGAAGUUUCAGAUGCAUCACAUGCUCAAUUCACAGAAUCAAUCGGGAGGAAAUUGACCAAUGAAAGAAAUCAAAACCGACCCAGCUCAGCCCCACACCAAUUCAAUCCAGCUCCUGAAUGUGCUCCCAGUUCUACCAGCGCCUCACGUGCACAAUCUCAAGUUUACGCCAGCGAACCCUACCUAGACGCUCAGAUCCUAAGUACAACUGACCGUUUCUCUAGCUCAUCCUCACAGGAUGGUCCAUUUCAUCCAAAAUGUCGCAACAUCCCCACUUCUACACAGCCCCAAGAAGACUCGACAAGGAUAUCCAAUCCGCCCCAAGACUGCUUGUCAGGUUUUCCCCUACGACUGGACCAAUUUCAAUUUGAUUUCGGCGAGAAUCACAAUACGAGAUUUGUUGUGAUUGAAGACCCACCCCCUAUCUUUGACCAACGCCCUGACAAUGCACCAUCACACACCCAGCGCGACUUCUUUCAACAAGCUCAAACCCAGCCUACCGCUCUCACAUCACUUCCAGACAGUCGACAAUCAUCUAGGACGUCUAUCUGUUCCGCUAACAAUCAGCAAUAUCAUGAACGUAGUUCUAAUCAAAGCGGCCGAUUGUCAAGGAUGUCGUACUGUUCAACACAUGUUCAACAACCUAAUCCUCAACCUGCACAAGUAGCCACAACCAUUUAUCAGCAUCCCCUGCUAGCGAUAUCCUCUAGAAGUUCGCGUGUCAGUACGCAUCAACAUUCUUCUGAUCAGAUAGGAGUUAUUAAUCAGUUCAGUAAUGAACUUCUUGAGGGGGAUCAAAAUCCGUCUCAUGACCAAUCUUCAACCUAUACACAAGCAAGAGUAACGACUCCUGAUCCCGAGAGAUCAGUGCCACAGGUUUGCGCGAUCAAAUCACCUGGAUAUCCAAAACAUCUCAAAAGUGCCUGCAGCACUAUUCCUAAUGGUAUUGGCUCCGGUCUUUUUCGGCCCGAUAGCUCUCAGACCAAUACACGUCCAGCUUUUCAUCCACAAUAUCAUUUGGUGCCACAGCCACAGGAAUUUCAAACACAUCACGAGCCUGAUUUGGUAACCCAUGCUACCAAGCAACGCGGCAUUUCCGUUCCACCUUAUGAGGAACACACUAGAUUAUAUAGGCCAAAAUUACCCAAUCCACCCUCAGCAAAUCCUCAAAUCUUUUAUCCCAAUCGUGCCUUUUUACAGGCUCCCACUCCUGUUUUCCACAUGGCCAAUCAGGUUAAAUUCGACAUUGGACGAGAUCACAUUCCUAGUUUUGGGGCACUGUUGGCUACUCCAUCAUUGGUCCAAUCCUUUAAUACACGUCCUGGUGAAAGAACAUCGCAGACCCAGCGCGACAUCUUUCAACAACCCUCACCCCAGCCCAUCAAUGUAUCACUUUCUCGUCCAUCGUUGAGGAUGUCCAUAAGUCCCGUGCAAAAGCAACCACCUCUUCAAAGGGGCCAAUCCUCCUGGGUGUUAUCUGCAGCAAAUAAUCCUCAAGCGGCUCCCUAUCCACCUACUGAUCUUCAAGCUAACUCUCGACCUACUGCGCCUCGAGCUGCCUCUCGGCCUGCUGCUCAAGCUGCGCAAGGCGACACAUCUGCUUAUCAUCAUUUACCAACAGCGUCGGCGUCCACAUCUAUGGAGAUUGAUAAUGAUACAAGUACUUCCAGGGUGUUAUCUGCUGCAAAUAAUCCUUGUGCGGCUCCUUAUCCACCUCCUCAUCCAGUUCCUCGACCUACUGAUCUUCAAGCUAGCUCUCGUCCUGCUGAUCAAGGCGUCCCUCGACGACUUGAUCCUCACGUCGCCCGUCGACGAACUACUCCUCAAGCCGCUUCUGGACCUACUUCUAGACCAACUGCUCGUCCUACAGCUUCUCAAGCUGCCUCUCGGGCUGCUGCUCAAGCUGCACAAUCUGGACCUACUUCUCGACCAACUGCUCGCCCUACAGCUCCUCGAGCUGCCUCUCGGCCUGCUGCUCAAGCUGCGCAACGCAAGGCGUCUGCUUAUCACCAUCGACCAACAGCGUCGACGUCUAUAUCUAUGGAGAUUGAUACUGAUACAAGUACGUCCAAUUCCCAAGAGACGGAAGAUCUACAUGAGCUCGACGACGAUGACAACGAUUCCGGCGAGGACCAUCAAGAAGACCUAGACCAAGAAGACCAGCACGGAGAAGACAAAGACAAAGACAACCAGCACAGAGAAGACAAAGACGAAGACGAACAAGACACAGAAGAAUCUGACUUAGAUGGUGUUUAUGAUCUUGUUGAAACUCGCAAGUAUCAAAAUCGUAAAUCUGCACGCCGAGUUAAAAAGACGAUCGCCAGACACAAUGCAGCGCGUCUCGAGAAGCUUGCUAAACCUCCGGCAGAGUGCUCUCAAUAUGAGCGACUCGCUAUUGCGAUUCAUCAUUUUAACAACAUGCUUCUUGGUAUCGUUCGGAAAGGUAGAGGCCGUAAGGGCAACCGAUUUCUUCCCUUGCCCCCCUCAGACAAAGAGUAUUCUGUUUGGGACAAACGGAAAGUAGAACGUCGGCGCUUGAUGGAUAAAAGUUCUGAACAAGCUCGCUCUCGCUACCAGCGUAAAUAUCCAUCCGCCCUUCCCGCACAGCUUGCAAGAGUUGGAGAUCACGCAGCGGAGGAAGCUAUCUCCACAAUUCCUCCAGUCAAAUUCACCUUGCUUGUGCCACUCAGAAAUUCUGGCGUUCGUUAUUCAACCACCAUGGCCUCUACUUGUGAGGCGACAUUGGCUCUCUCUGGCUUUACACGAUUUACCUACGAUUGGACUGAUUCUUUCAAGUCAAAAUGGAAUGAGGCGGUUUCAGCGAUUAUUCUCCAAGAAUGGGAGAAGUGCUACAGGCGAGGAGAUGCCAAUGAUUACUACGUUGAUGUUCAUCAAGUGACCGCCAAAAACAUUCGCGAGGUUCUUGAGAGGUGGUUCAAUACCAAGGUCAGGGAAUAUGUAAACCAGUGCGGUCAAGAGGGUGGGAAGAAGAGAAAGCAACCACACGAGCAGGAGGUGCUAAAAGAGAAAUCUCGCCGUAGGCAAUCACAAAAGAAGGUUUGUAAGCUUCGAAAAGACACUUUCAAAAGGUUUUUCCCGGAAAACCGGGCACUCGGCAUCAUCUUGUCAGAAAGAUCAGUCCAUUCUGAAGAUGAAGUUGAUGCUGAUGGUCACUCAUACCGGAAGCAGAAGCUUUGGAGGCAUAGGGACCUUACCGAAUUCCUCCAUGAGUUGGACAAGCUGCACAUCAAAGAUCAGCAGAGUGAACAGGCUUCCACUUCCGCCCUCAAAGCUCUCGACCGUGGGCCUUACACGGAUACAGACGAUGCAGAUUUCCUUGCACGCCCCCCCAAAGGAUUUCCAAAAUCUCUACUUAAUCAGGAAUUUAUGAAGCACCAUGUAUCCAGAGUUGCGGUUUUGGACCUUGAACUCUCAUCACAAGAGUAUGAUAUAACUCCAUUUGUUGAGCACGCCACAUGGCUCCAGUUAACUGAAGGGUCUUGA